ACUCUUCCCUCCAUCCCUGCAGUCUGCUGUUUAUGCUGGUUUGGGACCCUCUUUGAACAGGGUCCCGGACCCCCGCAGCACGCUGUGCCCUCCCACCCCUCACAGCAUGGCAUGCGGCACGUGGGGAUGGAGGCAGCCUUCCUCCCCCUCGCCGGCAGCAGCCCCAUGCUGUUCCCAUCUUGAGCAGCUCGUUAGCACUGGCUGUGGGACCUGAGCAGGGGCUGCUGUGGCUGGUGGAAACAUGGGUGGGCUGAGACAGGAUUAGACAUGGUUAGGGAAAUUCCAGCUGCCCCGUGGUUAGCACGGGGUUGAUCUGGCUCAGGGAAGCCCAAAGGGGCCACGCACGGUGGCUGUCCUUGGCUGCUUCCUCCCCAAUAUCUGUUCCCAGUGACUGCUGGACUGGAGCUCCUAGGAGACGCCCAAUGGAGCACAGAGGCUGGCAGUGGUGGCUGCUGCUGCUGGUGGGCAGCCAGCUGGCUGGUGGCCAGUGCCCAGAGCAGUGCCAGUGCAUCCGCACCGCUCAGGUGGAGUGCUCCGGUGCUGGCAUCACCGCAGUUCCCAGCCCCAUCCCUGCAAACGCCAUGACCCUCCAGAUCAUCAACACGCGCAUUGCAGAGCUGGGUGAUGCAUCCUUUGGCAACGCCUCCCUGCUGAUCGGGCUGCGCAUUGAGAAGAACAACCUGUCUCGCAUCAGCCCUGGGGCCUUCCAGCACCUGCCUGACCUGCGCUACCUCAGCCUGGCCAGCAACAAGCUGCAGGAGCUCCCUGUGCAAGUCUUCGAGUCCCUGGGCAAGCUGGAGUCUCUGCUUCUUUCCAGUAACCAGAUCCUCCAGGUUGAGCCUUCCCACUUUGCCCACCUGAGCAACCUCAAGGAGCUGCAGCUGCAUGGGAACAACUUGCAGCAGCUGAAGGAGGGGGUGUUCGACCAGCUCACCAGCCUCACCAAGCUCAACCUGGCCAGGAACAACAUCGACCGCCUGCCGCGCCGGGCCUUCGAGCGGCUGGCGCGGCUGCAAGUGCUGCGGCUCUAUGAGAACCGGCUCCGGCAGAUCCCGGCAGGUGCCUUUGAUGGGCUGCCGGAGCUGCAGGAGCUGGGGCUACACCAGAACCAGCUGGAGACACUGUCCCCGGAGCUGUUUGUGCACAACGGGAACCUGCAGAAGCUCUACUUGUCCAACAACCUUCUCACCGCCCUGCCAAGUGGCAUCUUCUUGCCCCUGCACGCCCUGGCCAAGAUCACCCUGCACGUCAAUCGCCUGCGGGACAUCUCCCCCAGCGCCUUUGGGCCCAUGCCUGACCUGCGGGAGCUGUGGCUCUAUGAGAACGAGCUUUCCACCCUCCCUGCUGCCGUCUUCAGCAACCUCACCCAGCUGCAGCUACUGGUCCUCAGCAAGAACCGGCUGCAGUCAGUGGUGCCAGGGGCUUUCCGAGGCCUGGGGGAGCUGCUGGAGCUGUCACUGCACUCCAACGCCCUGCGCCGUUUGGAUGCCCAGGCACUGGAGGGGCUGCCCAAGCUGCAGAACAUCUCCCUGCACCACAAUCAGCUGCAGAUGCUGCCACGGGGCCUCUUCGGGGCCACUCUGGGGCUGCGGCACUUGCAGCUGCACUCCAACGCCCUGGAGUACCUGCCCGCCGGCAUCUUCUCCCCACUGGCUGCCCUGCGAGAGGUGAAGCUGCACAACAACUCCUGGCGCUGUGACGAGGGCAUCCUGCCUCUGCGGGGCUGGCUGAAAGACAACCCCCACAAGGUGGGCGAGAUACCCCCGCUCUGUGCCCAGCCUCCUGCCCUGCGGGGAAUCCCUAUUGCCGGGCUGCUGCAGGACCAGGUCCUCCCUCCCGGCCCCCCCACUGCCUCCCCCCAUCCCAGCAGCUCGCUCCCCCCUCACCCCUCUGAGGUGGCAUUGCCGGAGGGUGCCCGGACGGAGCCCCCCAUUGGGCUGCCAGUCUCCCCACGGCAGGAGCAGAAGGAGGAGGAGGAGGAAGAAGAGGAGAGGGGGCAAUGGGGGCUGACACGCAUGCAGAGCGGGGUGGUGGUGGCGGUCAUCGUGCUGGUGUGUGUGGCCCUGCUCACUGCUUUGGUGGCACUGGUGGUCUAUGGCUGUAGGAAGAAGAGCCACGUCGUGCUGAUGAGGAUGAAGGCGCCCAACGAAGCCUGAGCACCCGGUAAACCCAGGGGGGAGCGAUGCUGGCAGGGCAUCCCCUCCCUAUGGGGUCAAGGGACAUGACAGUGGCUCUGCAUCAGCUGCCCUGGCUGAUUGGGAUGGGCCAGCAUCACUCUGCUGCGCGUCCCUCUGUCCUCUGCUUUGCCCUGCUCCUGCUCUGCAGCAGGGUUUCCCCCGGGUGACCUCCCAUGGCUGCCCUCUGUCCCCAGCCACUCCUGCCUCCAGUGCAGCCUCUGUGCUCAUUCCCUGCCCAGGGGGCAGCGGCUGGGGUGCGGGGUGCUGAGAGGGACCCCUCCAGCAGGGAGCCACACCCUGGCUACGAUGGUGCUUACCCCAAACAACAGGACUUCCCCAUCCUUCACCUUGCAUCACCCCCUCUAGCACUGCUUACCUUGCACUGCCUGCUGCCCACCCCAGCCCCUCUUCCCACCCCCAAUCUGCCCGCAAUGCCUUCAGCCUCUGCCUCUGCCCGUGCAGGUGGGUGCUAGCGGUCACGCAGGGCCAGGAGCUGAGCUGGCACCAUCGCCCCCAGCACAGCUGCAUGUCCUUGUGCCGCUUUGUAGCUCGCCUGCAUCCAGGUGGGGAUCCCGGCGGGGCUGGGCUGGCACACCCCAAGUGACUCGGCUGCAUCCAAGCUGCCCUCCCUGCCUUGCAGGCAGGACAGGCCAGAGCACCGCCAGCAUCUUCUCCUUCUGAGCAGCCUCCUGCCCACCCCGCCUUGUGCAUCUCCUGCCAGGAGUGCCGCGGGGCAGCGUGCUGGUGUCUGGGUGCAGCAGCAGCCCCCGCAAGGCCUCACUGCAACCUGGUGCUAACUCUCCUCGGGCCAUGCCCCUGCCUCCAGCACCCUGCCCCAACCCCAUGGGUGGCCAGGGGGCUUGCACUAGCCCCUGCUGUGGGGGAAUUACAGGGGUGGGGCAGUGGGUGUGAAGUGUCUGCCAGGGGCUGGGAAAGGCUCCUGUGCUUGUGCCCAGGGCUCCUGGAGCAUGCCGGGGCUGCUCCUGCUGCACUCCAUCCCUGGUCCUUGCUGCCUCGAUAUCCUCCUGCCUCCUCCAUCAGCUAGUGAGCAGCCUGGCCCUGCUCUGCUUGGCAAAGCUUCUUCCUCUUCCUCCCUUAAGUGUCCUCCUGUAUGUGUGCAGCCCUGCUGCCUGCUCGCAGCCCACAGGCAACGGGGAUGCUGGCAGUGCACAGGGGUCAGAGGGUCGGGGGGUCAGCAAGCGCCGGUAACUCUGGAAUCUGUAGAUGCGUGCUGCGCCAUCCCCUCGCAGCAUCUACACCCAGCAGCCACCCUGCCUCCUCCAGCUGCAGCACGGCCAUGGAGGGGUCCAGCUCACCUCUGUGUGCAGUACAGCAGCACCAGGCUGUCUGGGGAUUGCUACCAUGGGAUGAGGGUCACGUUUGGAGUGCACCCCAUAGUGCUGGAUACUCACAGUGCUCCAGGAGCGCCGGCACAAGCAGCCCCAUGCUCGUGCACAUGAUGGGAUGCUCUUCUGGGCUGGGACCUGCACAGCGACAGGAGACACAGGACUGUGCUGUGGGGCUGUUGGGUGCUGCUCUGUGACCUCUCCAUUAAAGUGCAGUUGUCCACC